GCCAUCAUCUCUGGCGCCAACCAGGGCGUAGGCAAUGGAGUCGCCAACCGCAUGGCUCGCCUCUGGAACGAGCCGCAGCACCUCACCAUCUACUUCACCUCGCGCAAUGAGCAGCGUGGCCACGACUCGCUCGCCAAGCUCAAGGAGGACCUCAAGAGCGAGAAGGUCGGCGAUGUCAGCUUCGAGUAUCACCAGCUCGACAUCACCGACGAAGCGAGCAGGACGAAGCUGCUCAAGGACAUCAAGGAGAAGCAUGGUGGGCUUGAUAUUCUUGUGAACAACGCCGGAAUUGCAGGCCAGGGCUUUGAUGCCAGCGUGGUAGAGGAGACGCUCAAGACCAACUACUACUCUACGGUCAGCAUGGCCAAUGAGGCAGUGCCCAUCAUCCGCCAAGGGGGCCGAAUCGUCUCUGUCGCUUCUAUGGCGGGUAAGCUGAACGGAUACGGUGACGAGCUUACGCAGCGAUUCAAGGCCGUCUCAAAGCAGAGCGAGGCCGAUCAGCUCAUGAAGGAGUUCUACGCAUCGGUAGCGGAUGGCACGCACGAGCAAAAGGGCUGGAAGUCUGCUGCCUACUCUGUCAGCAAGGCUGGGCUCAUUGCCAAUCACCGAGCUCUGGCUAAGGAGGUGCAGCCCAAGGGCAUCUCGGUCUUCACGUGCUGCCCGGGGUAUGUGGACACGUCGAUGACCAAGCAUAAGGGCGUCAGGACACUCGACGAGGGAGCUGUCACGCCUGUUGCGUGCGCCUUUGAUGCGCCCGAGAGUGCGACGGGAAGCUUCUGGGAGAAUGGCAAGGAGAGCACUUGG